GGAAAAGUUUUGAAGGGUUAUAGAUUCCUCCACCCACUCACCCACUGAAACAAUGAUGGGACAUUAGAAGAGAGAAAAGCAGAGAGAAACCAAGAACUCGUCUGGUGAUUCGUUCUGGCAAUUUUUCCCAAAACUCCAAAACCCCCCUUUUAUGGAACUAGAUUUCCAACUUCACAAAAAUUUCAAUCUUCUAUAGCUUUAUCUGUAUCGCACUCUUAUUCUCUGCCCCCAAUAAGAAUUUCAUUCAAAAUUCUCUCAGGUGAUCAAGAGAAUCAGAGCUUGCUCAUCCAUAUAACAGAUCAUCUGAACAGAAGAGGGAGGGUACUGGUUUGCGGAGGCAAUUGUACUUCUGCGAGCUUAGAAUCCUCUCUCCUUUAUUUAUUAAUGGAAGGAUAGUCAUUAGUCUUGUUUAGUGCUGUUGGGGACUCUUUUACAUGUAGCAGCAUCAAUGUUUUGAUGAUCUUUGAGUUGAGUAGUGAAAAUUUUUUAAAUUGAAAGAGAGAAGGAUAUUGAAGCUGAAACAAUGGGAUCAGUUUGUUGCUGUUUUAAUGUUGAUGAUUUUGAAGAUUAUGUGAAUCCAAAUAGUCCUGUAUAUAGGAACUGUAUGUGUCUCAGUUGCUUCCUACAGAACGUUUUGACUGUGUAUGCAUCAAUAUUCCGUAGAGGGGAAGCGCAUGCGAUUCCUUCAUCUUUACAGGGCACAGCAUCUAUGACUUCUACAGCUUCACUUGAUAAUUCUCUAUCUGACAUGUACCGCUCUCCUCCAAGGCCCUUGCCUUAUGAUUCAGACCCCAGGUUUUUCCGUUCACAGCGAGAUGGAUUAGUGUCAAGACGUGAGAAGGGUUCAAGUCAUUUGAAUGAAGAGUCAGAACCUCUAAGAGGUGAUGUAGAUACUGACUCAGAAUCUUUAAGUUUGGGUGGUAAAUGGAACGAUACCAGUGAAGAUGGAUCAAAGGAAUAUCGGAAGUCCUCUGUGAGACUUUCAUCAGCAAAACUUACGACUGGAGCUGGGGUUGUCUAUUCAUCGUCGGAAGUGGAGGAUGUCUGUCCAACUUGCCUUGAAGAAUACACUGAAGAGAAUCCAAAGAUAUUGACAAAAUGCUCUCAUCAUUUUCACCUUGGUUGCAUUUAUGAGUGGAUGGAAAGAAGUGACAAUUGUCCUGUUUGUGGGAAGGAGAUGGUAUUCGAUGAAACGACUUAAUCUUGACUAAAAAGGUUUAUGUCGUGGAUAAUACCAACAUCAGAGGAAAGGAAAAAUACAAGCAUAGACAUUGUGAAUACUUCAGAUUAAGUGCUUAUCGUGUAUAGUUAGUAAAUAACUUUUAUUAACCAUCAAUGUAAGUUCAAUCUCAUCCAAGUUGUUUCUAUAUUUAUACUUUGGCCCUCGCCAAAACUGCGAAGAUUAAAAGAAAAUUUCAUUUUAGGUGGGAACUUUGUAAUGGUUUCAACAGUUUGCCUUGUAAUAGAAUGAUUACCUCUCUGUUUUUU